AUGGCCGAUGCUUCGAGAAAGGUGUGCCUCGGGACUGACACCCGAGGGGACAAAGGAAUGGAGGUGGCCCCGCAGCCUCGUACGGCAUGUUCCGCGCUCGCUCCGUCCCGCAGCCCGGAGGCCGAGACGCUUCGCGCUGGCGUCUAUCGCGCGGGAGCGGAUUUUCGCACGGCAUCCGUCGGGCCCGCGAUUCGUGAUGCUUAUCCGAAUAUCGGUUGUAUUCCAGCGGCGCCGGGCGAAAUCGUCAGCCCCGCCGCGUGGCAACGCCCGCGCCUGCCCCGGGGCUUCGCCCCUCGCGUGUCGCCGCGCGCGUUUGGAGCCCUCGCUCCUGUCAAUCCGCUAUCGGAUCUA